ACGUGUUCCUGCCGUGUCCCAAACGUAAGUGACGUGACAACAAGAGAAUACAGGAGGAAGCCGUUUGCCUCGCGAAAGAUGUUGGAGCCCGUUCAGUGCUUCAGACUUUCGUGCCCAUGCCAUGCCAGGACCGAAUGGUCGUGUUGAUGGCACUCAAAGCUUGCCCGAUCUGAAGGAUUGGCCUUUGCCAAUCCUCGAGCCUGUUCCGACCUUUUGGGUUGGACCGAAGCCUCAGACCCAGGUCCUGGCCAUCCCGGUCUCUCGGGGCAGCGCCAGUGGUCGUAGCACCCCAUGGCGGCCGUCGACCUCCAAGCAAGUCGAGCCGUCGGCCUUGCCAUGCUUGCAAUGGAAUACGCGCUGGAGAAAGGAUUUGCCAAUCAAAAAGGAUGCCGAGAGCUGGUGGAUGGGCGAGGUCUGGGGAAGCUCGCGGAAGCUCCCGUCUUUGCAUGCACAGCAACACCGGGGUGACAUGUCAAAGGCAAGCUCUGGACCGCCCGGACCCGAAAGGCAGAUUGGAGCUUGGCCAGCGAGCCCCGGGAAGACUCCGCACGAAGCUGGAGGGCGAAGUGACAGCAAGAAGAGAGACAAGAGCUUCAGCAGAGCUCGCUCCAUGACCGAGAGUGUGGCAUCCUUUGAUGAAGAGGAGGAGAGGCCCAACUACGAGUUCUUGAGGUCUGGGAUGCACUGCCGGAGGCAAAUCACAAUGACCGAGCGCAAGAGAAACCACAACGCUGCCCUGGCCCGCGACAAAGCCUAUGUCCAGAAGCUCCUGAAAGAGGGCAAGGAGAAGCCGGAGCACCGACUGGCACGGGAGGAGGUCAUCGACGAACACUGGCUCCAAGCGGCCUUUGCGCCGGUCACACAGCCUGAAAAAUAUUUACCUCCAGCCCUGACGGGGCUGCCAUUGACGCGGCAGCAGGUGAAGCAAGUCACAGAUGUGACCUCGAUCACCCGCCGUUCCAGCGCUGUGGCCAUGGAACCCAAUGAAAUGGCACUGGAGAUUCCGGAAAUCCAGGAAGCCUUCAAGGUCUGCAGCCUCUUCUGUGCCCUCACCACGCCGGGCAUGAACAAUGCAGGCGGUGACCCUCCAGUGAUGAGCAGGCAGACCUUCUGCCAUUUGGCCUGUGCAGCAGAGGGCUUUGCAUCGUGGAAUGGUGGUCAGCCACGCUUGUGUCGAGCAGUGCGACAUUUUGAUAGCCUCACAGAAGAGGUCUUGGGGAAGACCAGUAGCACAGCGACCUCGGGGAUUGUCCUCCUGGAUUGUCGGUCUCCAGCCGUGGAAAACACCCCCAUGGCCCGGCUCUUUGCGAAGAUUGCGCAGGACUUGGUGAAAGACUUCGACAAGGGCUUGGAGUUCGACGCCGUGGCCCAGCGCGGGCGCGCCGAGUUCCAAGCGCGCGACCGGAUCUUCACCCGGCUGCUGCCCCAGGCGGCCAAGUAUGCCAUCCGUCGCCAGCGCUAUGUCAACGAGCAAACGAGUCAGAUCAAGCACGUGCUGGAGAAGACUGAGGCGAAGCCCAAUCAGCUGAGGGAAAGGGAGAAAAUGGAGAAAGAGAGGGAAAGAGAGAGGGAGGAGAAGCUGAACUUGCAGGACCGAAAUCGCUUGCAAGUGGGCGUCCGCAGUCCGAAGCCCCGCAGUCGUCCUCCCAGCCGCCUCACGACUCCAAGCACACCAUACAAGCCGGACAAGGAGGAUCCACCGCGCAGCGCAGGCACCGAUAAGGCUUCCGAGCUGCAAGAGGAGGGUAAAGACCUCUACUUCAAUACGUUGCUGCAGAUGAAAGGCGAAGGCCUGUUGGGCCACCUCUUCGAGCCCGAGGUGUUGCACUUCAUGGCCCAAACUAGCCAUGUCUUCCAGACGAUCUUCAAAGCGUAUGCCGACAUACCUUCGACGACUGGUGAAGGGCACAUGUCGCUGGCUGCCUUGGUCCGCUUUGGGGCAGACUUUGGGCUUUUUCCACACAAGGUCGAUUUCCAGACGGUGCAGUGGCUCUACAACACCGAGUGCCGGACGGCCAACCCCAGUGUAGACCAGAUGGACAGUAGAGCGGGCAGCGCCGGGACGUCUCCGCCGCGCCGCAAGGGCAGGAAGGCCAUCAUCAAGGAGGAAGAUGGCUUCUUGUACCAAACGAAAUGGUUGAAGCCACACCUCGCCUGGAUGAGCAAGGAACCCUCGCGGAUGACGGAGGUGGAGAUGAGAUCCGUCUUCAUCUUGACCGCGAUAGAUGAUUGGCUAGAAAGCCACAACCUCAAGGUCUCAGAGAUCUUUGCCAACACCCACGCGACGAGCGGCACCUUCAACGCACAGGAUCUGCAGUUGGUGGUAAACUUCAUGGAUUUCGAGGAUCCUCCAACGGCUGAGGAAAUCCAAGCAUUAGCAGGCCUGCUGAUCGUGCGGCAGCCCCUCACGGCCAUUGACUUUCCCACUCUGGAGAUGGCUCGUGUCGCCGCACGGCUCACGAAAGAGAGUCGCAGCAGGGCGAGGAACUGUUUCCUGAAGGAUUUGGCCAAGAUGAGCAAGGUCGAGUCGAGCGCGCAUCUCUUCUUUACGGAGCUGACCGCCAACCUCGAGUUUCGGGGCUUGGCUCCGGAGUCCUUCUACAGGAUGCUGGAUGUGGACCAUUCAGGUCAAGUGCCAGUGAAAGUCAUUGUGCGGCAGGCGCGAUCUCUUGAGAAGAUGGAGCCUGGAGUUUGGACGGCUGCGAUGACCGUUGAAAACCCUUUUGCUUUCAUUGGCAAGACGGUUGAGGAUGAUAUCUCGAGAGAGGAGUUCAUUGAUCUCUUUGAGGAGAUCAAAGAGGCACGCAGGUUGAGGGAAGCAAGCUUCGAGCAAAAGCAUCCUCUUUUCAUCUCCUCUGGUACUGUGCAACCUCCCAAUUCCAAGGACUCUCCCUUCGCCGCGGAAGGGUUUGUGAAGGUGAUCAUGAAGAUGGGCCUCUUCUACCUGUCGCACUAUGGCACUGAAGCUCAGGCACAGCUGUCCUCCCACCACAAGCUCUUGUGGCUUUUCCUGUACAUGCACUGGUAUUUCGAUGGCUCACGCCAGAGGGCUGAAGAGCUUUUGCGCCAGUCUGGCUUUGAGAGGCGUUCGAAGAGCUCGAGGCCCUCGAGCCGCGACUCGCGGCCGCCCUCGCGGCCGAGCAGCCGGGGUGAUGCGGCUGGACGGCGCUAUCCGAAGCAUUUGCCAGCGAUGCGGCGGCUACUGGCCAGACAUCCCACCCUCUUCAUGGGUGUGGGAGAGGUGGCCUUGCCAGAGUGGGCGACCCCGAACCGCACGGCGGACGUGGUGGUUCAAGCGGCGUUUCGCACACUACGAAUACAGGAAAGCGCUGCGGAAGGAGAAGAUAGCUGGAAGGUGGAAGGCCUCGAGGACGACGACGAUGCGCUAGGGGCCAUCGAGGAGGAUCCGUGCUCAUCUCUGCGAGGUGCCAUUUCGCUGGAGCAGACCCUCCUGGGCACCGCCUGCCAUGGGCACCAACUCGCCGAAGCUUCGAGCGACCUCUCGGAGUGAAGCGCUGUACGGGACUUCAAUGUUAUGAAAUGGUUAAUGCAGAGUCCCCAGAUUUUUCCUUGAAAACACGAAGUGUUUCUUGUUCAGCAGUCCAAAGCUGACAUUCCCGAUGAAAAUUAUAGAACAUGCUGCUUCCUCUGAU